CGUAGAAGUUGGCACUCGAUCCCCUCGACCAUGACAACGCUCAGCGUUAACUACAAGGGGCAAACAUACGCUUUGUCCUUUCCAGACGAAUCCUCGCCUACAAUUGCCGAGCUACAAGCCCAGAUCGAGCUCGUGGUGGGCGUUCAAAAGGACGCGCAGCGAUUGUUCCAGAAGCGUCGACGUGUCGACUGUAGUGAUGAAUUGAAGCUACUGCGCGACGUGUGCGACGAAGCUACUCCAUUGCUAUUGAUGGUAGGCGCAUCAACGGCACAGAUUGAGGGCAUGAAGGCGACCCAGACCGCCGUUGAACGGGAAAUGAAAAUUCGGGAGAGUCGACGCGUGGUGGACAUUUCAAAGCGAAACCAAGGGAUCCAGGCGCGCGACGCCGUAUCCACAAACUAUCGCUUCCACGCUAUUGAGCCGUUGAAGAACUUUGCAGAUAAGGACAAAGCCCAGGAGAUUCUGGAGAGGUUGGCGAACGAUCGAGGCAUUUUAGCGGUGAUGGCGAAACACAAGUACGUUUUUUUCAACAGUCAUUGCAUCUAUUGGACAAUAUGGGAUGCUGAUAUUGUGGAUGGUAGAUGGAGCGUUGGGGUUUUAGCCGAGAUGCCACCCGAUGGGAAGGUUGGUGUGGACCCCGUGUGCGUGUUGGGGCUGAACCAGAACAAGGGACAGAAGAUCUUGCUCCGACUGCGUACUGAUGAUUUACUCGGCUUUCGCAAGUUUUUGAGUAUCAAGAAGGUGCUUUUCCACGAGCUUUCCCACAAUGUGCACUCGGAGCACGAUAACAAGUUCUACCAGUUAAUGCGCCAAGUGGAAAAGGAAUGUAAUGAGCUGGAUUGGACCAACUCUGGUGGUGCCGCUGUCGGUGGUUCUCCUGCCGCUCUUCACGAUGAUGACUCAACUAGUAGUAACGUUUCAAGUGGACAUCGUCUGGGUGGUGGGUCGGCAGGGACAAGUCGACUACUUAACAUUGCGCCACCGGCACCUGUUGACCAGGGACGAGGAGAAGUUGUUGUUCAGGAAAUGCCUCCGACAGCGCAAAAACCACCCACCGUAACCGAAAAGGAGCCAACUACUGAAGAUGUUGAGAUGGAAGAAACAGAAGCUGUAAAAUCUGAAGCUGCGGUGGUUCCUCAAUCAUUGGUAAGAAAUAUCACUGACAUUAAAGUAGGAGUGUGGAUUUAACUGUACUGUGCUACGUCUGAUUUGUUCAGCCUGAAGUACAUGAGAGGACCGUCGACGAAGAAGUUGCAACGUUGGCUAUGAGCGAUCGCGAGAAACGCAUCCACGACGCAGUACGUCACUUGCAAACCCAUUACAGUGCGGAGGCCAUCUCCAAGGCAGUUUCGUUACUGCACAAGAUCGUGUCCAAUAUCAUCACACACCCAGCUGAUGUCAAGUUUCGCUCCAUCCGAAAAACAAAUCGGCUUUUUGAAGGCCAGGUUGCAAGAUUUCCUGAGUGUCUGGAGUUUCUACUUGCUCUCGGCUUCGAGGACCAAUCUGACAAGUUCGUGCUUGUUCGCGAAGACCCGGCACUACUCUGGAUCGGUCGCUCCACACUCGAAGUGCUACUGCCGGUGGCAGCAUAAAUAACCAGAAAAGGUUAACCCUUCUUUUGGAUCCGAUUUUUUUUUGAACUUCUGAAGAGUUUCCAAAAAUAUAAUCCUGUCUAUAAUGGUAAUUUUAUCAAUCCUGAAAAGGCGCGAAA